AUGAGCAGCGCUCAUAAAGCCUUUCAACCAGAACAUUGUGAUGAAUUGCUUAAACAGUUCAUGUCCUGUUUUCGUUUAUGUUCCACAGACCAAGCUCGAACACUAUCUGUCUCCAUUCUGCACAAGAUCUGUUUGCUUGCAGAAUCCGCUUCGGGUUGCCAAAUAUCCGACGACAAACUGUGGUCAAUAGCAGGUGAUGUUCAUCUUGGAGCACCACUCAAGCUAAAGUACAAAUCUAGAAACCGUAAUUUAAUCCUCAGCCAGCCUGAUUCAGAUCAAUCAUUCAUCUCGUCGAAUCAAUCCAAUUUGUAUUUAAAACCUCUUAUUAUGGUAGAAAUUAUUUUAAAUCCAUGGACGCCUGCCCAUAUCUUGCAAGAAACCUGGUCGAUGGCCUUGAAACUCUACAUGGCACAAACACAGCCAUUACUGCCCACUUUUAAAAUCCUGUUCAAAUCUUUGUUGCAGGAUCGAUUGAUUUCUGGAACAAAAUAUCAGUGUGUUUCAAACCAUUCUUCUGAUUUGGAAAAAUCUUUGGUGAAACUCCAUUUAGAUCGAUAUCAAGUAUUUUCUGGUCCAAUGGGUGUAUUAUCUGACAAAAGCUACAGAAAUGCGCUGCUGGACGAGAGUUUUUUGUCCAUCAGCCAUGCAGACUUGAUUGUGGUCGAGUUUAUGUAUCGAUUUCAUCCAAAUACAAUACUCAGUCGUGUAGCUGCCCGUCAUCUAUUGACUGAAUUUUCCACUUGUAUUUCCCAAUGCAAUUGGAUUGAAUCUGCAGACCAGCUUCAGCUGAAGCAAACCAUAUACAGCUUUUUUGAUAAAUUCAUGCCACAUGCUACAACUUCCGAACUAGUGGAAAUUAUUGCAGUCAUGAUGCUCUUUCCGCCAGAAUCAUUAAAAUUAGGACGCUUUAUAUCGCACCCAAUUUCGCAAUCAAAGACGUAUCAUUAUGCUCAACCUUCAAUAGUAGCCCAAAUAGUCGAGAUUCUUCAAGAAUGGAUUCUUUCACAACAUCUACAAAGUGGACAAGUAUGUCUUUGGAGUCUUCAUCCGUGGCUACUAGCAUCAUUGAGUUCAACCCACUCCAUUAUAUUUGAAGCAUAUGUCAAGCAUCUGAUUAAAUUGCUGGCGAACAUUCAACGAUUCAUAUCCGAUUCGUUUAUUGCUUCCAACCAAAAUGCGGACUGGGCUAGCGAGGCUGUUGACAUUCGUACAAAAUUGCUUCUUUUAUCGAAACUUGUAUCUGAUCCUUGUCGGCAGUAUCUUGCCCAGCAUAUCCAAUCAUUCACAGACGAUCUAGUAGAGAACCAAUCUGCUAGCAUACGCAAUUUCUGGAAGUUUUUUAUAGGUACAUUAUUCACUCAUAGUUUCAAUCACAAACAGGAUGGCAGCAUGUAA